AUGACCUACACGCCAAGUCGACUUUCCAUUGCAGCGCCGAGCGCACGAAGCUCACUAAGCCUGAGUCAAAAUAAUUAUGUUCCCUGUGCGCGCACAAGCGGCAGUUGCCCACGACCUUAUGCGGGUUACAAGUCAAGCGAUGUUCAUAUGUCUUAUGAUACAGACUAUCGGAGAAUUUCGUCGGAUUCUCAGCCUUAUAACGAGUUUCAAAAUCAUUUUGUCCGCAAAUCCCAGAUUAAAGCACGCCAGCCACUUCCUCAGCCUAAUGUUAAAGCUAUACCGAUUUUCAAGGGACUUGCUUAUAAUAAAAACACUCGAACAGUGGUAUCAAAUGUUGAUCCGGAGCAAACGCAGCAGCACUGGGAAAAACCAAUGAAAACAAUCUUCCAGACUCCUGCUGGAGCUAGAAAACUGCCACCGUCGAGUGAUGCCUUUCAACACCAUGUUCCGCAGAUCCCGAUCGCCGGACAUUCGGAAAACCGUAACGCACACUUUCACAAUCCUAGUGCUUCUAGUACGCUGACACACUCCCGCGGAUCGCCACGGCGCGCCAUGAGUCCCCUGUCGACGGCUUCGCAAAUGGGCAGCUGCGCUGCAAUCAACACGCUACAUAUGAGUAGAGUUCAAUCACCCGACACUAUUUUGCCCGUGGAACAGCCAAGUCCUUCCAGACGGAACGUGGCUCUACGUCGACCGACAAUAGCAUCCGUAGCUUCGGAUCGGGUACAUAACGAACACCGCCAUCAUCAUCAUUCAAGACCACAGAGUCGAAAUCGUUCCCGCGCACCGUCAUCAUGCGCUGGUCGGAGAACACGCGUCCCUCCCCUUAUCAAUGUCCAGCCGACCUCGGACGACGAUCUCGACGAUACUGGAUCGAUACUUUACUUGACUGGUGUCCAGCUUACCGAGCUACCAGAAGAAUUCGGCCGCCUUCAGAAUCUGGAGCUGCUAUCGCUGGAAAAUAACAAAUUUAAAGAAGUCCCCUUUGCCGUCACCAAGCUGAGAAGCCUAAGGACACUAUACUUGAACAGCAACAGGCUCACGAGAAUACAUCCAAGUAUUCGAGACCUGGUUAAUCUUCGCUACCUUUGGCUUCAAAGAAAUCGUUUGAAAGAACUCCCAACAUCAAUCUGCUGUCUCGCAAACUUGCGCUAUCUACACAUGGAAAAUAAUAUGAUAGAAGUUAUAUCGGAAGCGAUUGCCUGCGUUGGACGUCUAAAAGGGCUCUGGAUUAGUGACAACUGCUUGAAGUCCCUUCCUUUAAACCUCGCAAAGGUGAAAACUUUGGAAGUGUUGGAUGUCGAGCGAAAUUAUUUGACAGUAAUACCAGAUAAAAUCAAACAGCUUCCUCGGCUGAGAGAGUUUUCGUACUCAGGAAAUUCAACGGCACAAGUUAACUUGAAAGUGCUGAAAAAUUACGCGUCGACAAUUGGUAAGUUCAUGACUCAAGCGAAGAAAGGAAGAUAG